AAUGAGGGUCCUCAGGAGGAGCUCAGGAGUACUAUAACGCAACUGGUGAUCUGAGACACAAGACAUAUCUGUGGCGUCAGUAAAGGGGUCUGGUAUUGAACGUCAGCUGCGGCCCUAGGAUAUAAGAUGAACGGCCUGCCAAGGUCUACUCCGUAGCAUAUGAUCGGCGUGCGUUCAAUAUCUGGAGGGUCGAGAGCGGCAGAAUUUAAACCAGUGCUAGUGAGGUCGGGGGAGUGAACAGCACCAUUUAAUCACCGUGCGAUACAACUGCAGCUAGAGCAUGGCUCGAAGGGCUAGCAUCUGUCCCCUUGCAGAACUAGUAUGCGGGUUGACUUCACCGGAAUGGAUAUGGCGAAUUCGCUCAUCCUCGUCCAUGGUCGGUCGGAAUCAUGAGCCAGCGGCGGAAUACAAUGACAUAAGCCUGGGGUUUCAAGUAUAUCAGGCCGAGAACAGAGGGUGCCUUUUGGAAAGGGACGGCGUCAUAUCUGCAUUGGAACACCGAUACAGCGAUGAUCCGUGGCUUAAAGGCGCGUUCGAGGGGUUGAGUUGGAAAAGUUCAGCGAAAUCGAAGAACGAUACAAGCUAUCAUUUUAGCCAUGAAGCUUUGAAGCUUGAAGAUGUACGGGUUUAUGUCGAUCACCACCGCACGGGCGAGCUUCUGGCAAUGAGUCGUGACAACACGGACGCCCCGUUCGAUUGGACUGCCUUUGGUGGACUACCUUCGACCCCGCACGAAUCCAUCCUGACAAGAAGAGUGCAACGUAGAUUUUUCCUCGUCGAAAGCAAAGUCGAGUACAAAAGUCGGGUCGCGCGCAUCUGGCUAUGAUGGCGGGAGGAAGCAAGCGGCCCGAAGCAGUCCGAAGCAAGCCCGAAGACGGCCUCGCAGUGAUCGCACUCCGAGCGCCU